AUGUUGGCGGCAACAGCCGCGUGGUUGAGUGGGGUUGCAGAAGCAGAAGCCGAGAUGGAGAUGGCGGUGGACGACAUCUUAGGAGUAGUCACAGAAGCACUUGUGGAAGCAGAUGCAGAUGAAACAGCCGAAGACGAAACGACUGACGAAGAAGCGGCACUUGAGGCCGGCGACGAAGAAGAAGCCUGGCUGCUAGAAACGGCUGAAGACGAAACGACCGAAGACGAAACGACCGAAGACGAAACGACCGAAGACGAAACGACCGAAGACGAAACGACUGAAGACGAAACGACUGAAGACGAAACGACUGAAGACGAAACGACCGAAGACGAAACGACCGAAGACGAAACGACCGAAGACGAAACGACCGAAGACGAAACGACUGAAGACGAAACGACUGAAGACGAAACGACUGAAGACGAAACGACCGAAGACGAAACGACCGAAGACGAAACGACCGAAGACGAAACGACCGAAGACGAAACGACUGAAGACGAAACGACUGAAGAUGAAACGACUGAAGACGAAACGACCGAAGACGAAACGACCGAAGACGAAACGACCGAAGACGAAACGACCGAAGACGAAACGACUGAAGACGAAACGACCGAAGACGAAACGACUGAAGACGAAACGACCGAAGACGAAACGACCGAAGACGAAACGACCGAAGACGAAACGACCGAAGACGAAACGACUGAAGACGAAACGACUGAAGAUGAAACGACUGAGGAAGAAGCGGCACUUGAGGCAGGCGAUGAAGAAGCCUGGCUGCUGGAAACUGCGGACGAGGCGGAUGAGCUGGCGGCAGAACUUCCGGAAGGCGAAACAGCAGAGCUAGAAGCGGAGCCCGAUGAGACAGACGACGACCCACUCUGGGUAGGGACGCUGGAAGAACCAGUUGAGACAGUGACGAUCACUGAUCCCGAAGCAGACUCGGACGGGAUUGCGCCCGACGAGGUGAAAGUAACGAAGGUGGAUGCUGCAGGAGUGGUGAUCGGUGCAACUGCGCUAGACGAACUAUCGAUAGGGGUAGGCAGAGACGAAGAGACAGAAACAGAAGUGAACGAGUGUGUAGAAGUAGCGAGCGUAGUUGAGCUCACUCCAACAGAACUGCCAGGAGUACUAGAAGGAGUCGAGACCGGAGGAUAA